UAAAGUACGUUGAGUGAUAAGAUAACCAGAUUUUUUAUGGUUGUACGUACGGAAUUAUUUCGAUUGAAUGUUAAUAACGUUUAUGAUCUGUGACGUAAAUAGCUUGUAUCGCUGCAAAAUUUUGACGCAAUCAUUUUAACAAUGAUAGGUAUUUAAAAAAAAAAAACAAUUAUCCGAUUUCAGUGCACGAGGAUUCGAUACACGCAUACGUCGAUUGCAGCCUUGCGUCACGCUACGCACCAUCGAGUGCAGUAGUUCAAAGACCCCUUAUUAAAUCUCGACGAGAACUAGUCUUUACCGCUACAAUAAAGCGACUCAAAGACGACCAGAUGCGCCCGAACACGGAUCGCCGAACCCUCUCCGCGCCACACAAGGGGGGAACCCGAAAAUAGCAAGCGUCACAAUAAUUAUACUGUAAUAAGGCGCUUAAACUAGUUUUUUGUUGUUGUUAAUGCGGCAAUUAGAAAUCAAAGCGGGUUAACGAUAAACAUGUAUAGUAUAUAGUGCGCAUGCGUCGUUUCAAUUCGCAAAACAAGCGCGUCUGACGGCUGUGUGAGUAUUGUGCGUCCGUGUCCCUCCGACCUCGUUCGAUGUUGAUUUUAAAAUCACAUUUGAGGUCAAGCAGCGAUAACCCGUCACUUAAUCAGUCCGGAUAAGAAAUUUGUACUUUUAGUACAUCAAACUGGUAUUGGCCUGGACACCUUAGGACUAACGGUAAAUCAAAACAAUAAACAAGACCCAUAGAGAAAGCGCGGAGGAUCGAAUCGAGUGAAAGCAGCCAGUGACGGAGACCGCGCCGCGUCGUGCGGACGACAAUAAUAAAACAUGUCUGUUAUUAUAGCAUCUGCUGUUUUGAGCGCUGCCGCUUUUUAUUGGUAUGUAAACCGUGAUAAACCAAUCAAGCAUAUACUGAAAGAGAUUCGGUACGCGUUGGACAUGCAGGGCGCUGGGGCGGGUGGCCUUAUUGACGACUGGAUUAACGUGUCGAGGAACAGAAUUGCGUUACCAGAUGCGGCCGGAAAAGUUGCGGUCGUUACCGGCGGAGCGAGGGGCAUCGGCACAGAAGUCAUCAAGGGCUUACUCAAAGCAAACAUGCGGGUGAUCAUCGGAAUACGAAACCCGGAAUUGGUGCAUAAAUUAUCUGAAUCAAUGGAGAAUGGUCAAAACUUGGAAGCUUACAAACUGGAUUUGAAAUCGUUAAAAUCCGUCAAGGAAUUUGCUGAUAAUGUACUGCAUAAGUACCCAAAGAUAAAUUUACUAGUUAACAAUGCUGGGAUAAUGUAUGGGAAGUAUGAAUUGACUACAGACGGUUUUGAAUCACAACUCGCUGUGAAUCACCUGGGGCAUUUUUAUUUGACACACCUACUUUUGCCGGCUUUGAAGAAAGCUGGAAACUUAUGUGAACCAUCAAGGUUCGUUAAUGUGACGUCAUGUGGCCACUAUCCGGGACAAAUAUAUUUUGAUGAUAUUAACAUGAAAGAGCAUUAUGAUGAAACAGCAGCUUAUGCACAAUCCAAGUUAGCUCAGUUAAUGACGGCAAGAUACAUUAAUAAGAUUAUGGAAGAGAAUAAUAUUCCUGUCAAAGGAUACUCAGUGCAUCCCGGGAUUGUCAACACUGAUUUAUUCGAUGGUACAGUCUUCAAAAGAGUUUUUCCAUGGGCUAUGAAACUAUUCUUCAAGACGCCAGAAAAGGGAGCCGUUUCUAUACUCUUUGCGUGUUUCAAUAAAGAAUUGCAGAAGCGGGGAGGAUUAUACAUUAGUAAUUGUAUUGAAGGGAUCAGUAAUAGAUUUUCAAAGAAUUUGGAAUAUCAAAAAAAACUUUUUGAGCUAUCCUGUCAAUUAGUUGGAAUUGAUGCCGAGAACUUUGGAAAUACUGAAUAAAAUUUAUAUUGGAAUUUUCAUAAUUUGUUCUAUUAUUUAAUUUUUAUUGUAUUUAUUCAUUUAUUGCAUUUUGUAUAAACAUUGGUCUGAUUAAAUAAACAAUUUUUGAUAAAUUUUUGUCUGUCAUUGUGUACUCAGAAUAGUUUUCCCAUAAAUUUAGAAUGUUAAUUCACUGGAUUCUUAGUAGCCUCUUUAACAAAGGGCAUUUCAAACAUUUUGUGAGAAAUUAAAUCAUUUUUAUUUUUAAAAUUACCAAUUUGGCAGAUUAUCCCAUGGCCAGCCGCAAAUUGGUCGCUGAAUACCUAUAUACUAGAAUGGCAAUGGCAACGGGAAUGGUAAUCCCCAUGUUGAGACCUUAUAUUGAAGUUUUAACUUCAUCGAUUUAAAUGUUUGAUCCUUCAAA